AUGUCAAAAGAUGAAAGCUGCUCAACCGUACAGUCAGAAAUGCCGCGAGUUUCCCGGUUGGUUGUGAAUCAAAAUGACGAGCGUAUUAUCAGCUAUGACUAUCGAGAAUCACCUCCUAGGGGAUUGGGACUAUGGAUACGUCGACGAGGAAGAGUAUUGUGGAGUUAUUCAAUAGUGCUGAAAUGUCUUCCGAUACUUUGCUGGCUACCGAAAUAUCGUUGGAUCGAUCUGAUGUACGAUAUCAUCGCGGGCGUCACCGUGGCAUUGACUGCAAUACCUCAAAGCAUUGCGUAUGGUAUCCUGUCUCAUCUGGGACCAGAACGUGGAAUCUAUUCGAAUGUGCUGGGUUGCCUAGCGUAUACCGUUUUCGGUAGCGUGAAAGACGUAACUAUCGCUCCUACAUCGCUUACGGCCAUAAUGGUACAAGACGUAGUUAAAGAGUUAGGCUAUGGAACUGCGCUGUUGACGUUCCUGGCCGCUAUAGUGACCAUCUCGUUCGGUGCACUGAAUCUGGGUGUGCUCGUAAGAUUCAUUUCGAUCCCUGUCGUCAUGGGGUUCACGAGUGCAGCCUGUCUGACGAUUGGCAGUGCACAAAUACGCACCUUGCUAGGAAUAAAGACACAAGGCAAACGAAGCGAUUUUGUUACGUCUUGGACAAAUGUGUUUACACAUUUGAACGAAGUUCGUUUGCCCGAUUGUCUGCUCGGUGGAUGUUCGAUAGUAUUUCUUGUGUUGUUCCGAUUAACAAAAAACCUGGGACAAGGUAGAUGGCGAUAUUUUUUUAAAUUUCUGUGUUUGCUUCGAAAUGCAAUCAUCGUGAUAAUAGGUGCUGCGUUGGCUUAUUGUUUAACGACAGAUAUGGAUAAUCCUGUAUUUAAUUUGACUGGACAUGUUCCAGCGGGACUGCCUUCAUUCCAAGUGCCUCCCUUCUCCUAUACCAACGAGAAUGGUACCGAGUACAGUUUCGGUGAAAUGAUAGGCGUAAUGCGGUUGUCAAUAAUAACGAUCCCACUGGUAACAACAUUAGAAAUCGUGUCGGUUGCUAAAGCUUUCUCACAGGGAAAGGUUAUUGAUGCGACACAAGAAAUGAUUGCCCUCGGAAUGUCGAAUCUAUUGGUAUCAUUCUGUUCACCUCUACCCGUGGCUGGUUCAUUCACCAGGUCGGCCUUAAAUCAUAACAGUGGCGUUCGAACAACGAUGAGUUGUGCGAUCACGGCAAUCGUGUUGAUGCUUGCACUGGAAUUUCUUACUGGUGCGCUGUACUAUAUUCCAAAAGCUACACUUGGGGCUGUAGUAGUAUCUGCGAUGCUUUUUAUGAUCGAUUACGAAGAAAUCGGCAAUAUUUGGCGAACGAAAAAACUUGACAUGAUUCCCUUCCUAGCAACGGCGCUCGCAUGCUUGUUCUACGAACUGGACUACGGCAUUUUAGUCGGAAUUGGCAUUAACGGUUGCUUCUUGCUGUAUCUUAUGUCAAGUCCGCGUUUAUCGGCUGAGGAAUUUCAGUUGUCUGAAUUACGUGUUUUACUAGUGUGCAUCGAUCAAUCGCUUGUCUUUUCAUCUGCCGAAGCUCUUCGAAAUUGGGUACUGAAGCAAAUCGAUCAGCGUAAUCAUAUCGAUUUAGUGGUGAUUAACGGAGAAAACGUCCAUUUUGCCGAUACGACUGUAGCAAAGAAUUUCGUCAGUAUUGAACAAGAUCUUGCGGUACGCCACAUUCGUCUGAUGUUAUGGCGUUUCGAAGCAAAUGUAGCGUUCUCACUGUUACGCUUGCGCAAGGAACUUUUUAUCACGAUGCUGAGGGCAGAGUUGUUACUUCCGGAAGCCGUAGCGCGAUGGAAACAUCUUCAUUAUCUUCCGUCGGAUAUCAGCAGCUGA